AUGCAGAUGUAUGGUUAUUUGACUAACACGAAAGUGAAGUUCAUAUUGGUAACGACAGAUCUUGAUGUCCGAGAUGCAGAUGUGAGAAAUCCUGGACUUGUUUUUGGGGAGGAUGGUAGGAUUGGAGGAAAUGCUAAUUUGGUAACUCAAAGGCACCCUAAUGAGUUGUGGUCUGAUUUCUAA